CCAAGCCACUCAUACUCCACAUACCACACACAGUUUGCCCGCUAAAAAAACAGUGCCUGGUCUGAACAAACGGCUUUAAUGGCGUGGGAGAACAGGGAACGGAGGUCUUUUCCUUUUAUUCUUCUCUUUCUAUUACUGACCCUGCUUCCUUCUUCCUCAUUCAUUCAUUUCUCCUUGUUGCUCUUUCCUAUUCUUGUCUUUCAUUUUCAGUAGUCUAACUAACUAUGACUAGGCCUUCUCCUGUAACAGAAGCUCAUGCUCUGGAAGCAUCUCCAGCGUACCGCAUUACCUACUGCAUCUUUGACAUGGAUGGGUUGCUCAUCAACACCGAGACCCUUUACACAGAAAUCACUUCUGAAAUAUUGGGACGCUAUGGUAAAAAAUAUGAUUAUGAGCUCAAGGCGAAGUUGAUGGGUCUUCGUGAGAAAGAGUCUGCGGCAAUCCUUGUCAGAGAAUCAGGUGCAGAUAUGACUCCAGAAGAGUACUUGCAUGAACGCCAUCUUUUACAGUUGGAGCGAUUUCCACACUGUGUGCCCUUGCCCGGUGUAAUGCGCUUGAUCAAGCAUUUGAAAGAGAGCAAGGUCCCAAUUGCAGUUGCAACAUCAUCAUAUCGCAAAAACUUCGAUUUAAAGUCAAUGAACAAUCAGGAACUGUUUACUCUGUUUGAUGUCAUUGUCUGUGGCGAUGAUCCAGCAAUCCACCAUGGAAAACCUAACCCGGACAUCUUCUUCGUGGCAAAGGAUCGUUUGGAGAAGCAUUUUGGGCAUGAAAACAUUCCAAACGAGGAAUGCCUUGUCUUUGAAGAUUCCCCUAUCGGAGUUCAGGCGGGAAUGAAUGCGUCGAUGAAAGUGCUAUGGGUCCCAGACGAAAAUAUCGGACGACUAUACCCAACCCUGGAUGGACCCAUUCUACGUCUCGAAUCUUUGGAGCAGUUUGAUCCUACUUUCUUCGGACUUCCUCCUUUUAAAGAGUAAAAAAAAAAACACAUUUAGACUGGCACUUAAGGGCCAAUUAGAGAUAUGGAAA